AUGGCCAGCCAUUACUUAUAUUUAUCUUCCAAUCCUAUCAGAUUUACUCCGGUUAAUCAACACACAAAUGUAUUUUUCGAUGAAGCCAAUGGUGAAGUAUUUACUCUGGAUAGGAAAGGAGGGGAAGAGGAUGAUUCUGCUUUAGUUGUUGUUAAAAGCCUUCAUGGUAAAAAUGAAGUACAAUUUAGGCUGGAACAUGGUAGCCAAAUUAAAUCUAUUAAAUUUUCACCAAAUCGAAAUAUCCUAUCUGUCCUUCGCUCAUCUAAGAUGGUGACAUUCAUCAACUGCAGAAAUUUUAACUUUGAAGAUAUCGAAUAUCGUCAAACGUGUAAAAGUCAACGUGCCGAAAUUACCAGCUUCCAUUGGACUAGCAAUACAGAAGUUGUAUUCAUUACCAAUCAGAGUGUUGAAUAUUAUCAGGUUAAUCCGGAUCGCAAUGUUGUAAAGUUACUGAAACUUUAUAGCAUCAAUGUAAAUUGGGCGAUCUUCCAACCUCGGUUCUCCACUUUAGUGGUAUCGUCAUCUGCCAGUAGCACGUUACUUCAACCUUAUAUGUUUCAGAAUGGUCAAGUUAACAAAUUACCAAAGUUCGAAGUAGCGAAAAGUUUAACAUCUGAAGUACUGCAAGAACGAGAUGUGGUUGUAACUGUAAUAUAUGGCCAACUUUAUAUUCUUGUUUUGAGAUCUGUACCUCGUUCACAGAACGUAACAUUGUCUGCUCCUUCCCUUGGUAGCGUAGCUGGUGAUAUAGUUAUGUAUGCUUUAUACAAAGAUAGCCCUGCAAGAGUAGCUGCAAUUUUAAGCGUAAAUAUUCCUGGCAGUUUCGCUACGCAUAUUGUUGACAAUUUAAUUUUGGUUCAUCAUCUAAAUGCCAAAGUUUCGCUGUUGUUUGACAUCUUUCAUUCUAUCAAUGAUCCGGAACAAAUACCAACAAUUUUUCCAAUUCUUGCACCUUUACCAAUUGAAACUACACGUAUCACAUUCCUAGAUGCUCCUAGUUGGGUCACAUUUCAACCAAAUAUCGUCAUUGAUGCAAAAUUAGGUUGCAUUUGGCAGAUGUAUGUCAAAUUGAACGUAUUAGAGACAAUGAUAACUGAUAAGAAUCAACUAUUGGACAUUUUAUUGCUAAGAAAGAAGGGCAAAGAGCCAAUUAUCGACUUGUGUAAACAAGCUUUGACUCCUGGCGAGCAAAACACUUUACAGCAGAAUCCGUUAAGAGGGAUAUUUGAUAAAUCUUCUCAGAGAAGGGUAAAAAUAGACCAGUCUGAAUUAUACAGUAAAGUCUUGACAUCAUUCCUUGAUAAUAAAAAAGCAAAUCGAAAAUUUUUGAUAUCAGUACUCAUUGAUUACAUCCGGUCACUAAAUUUUUGUCGUUUAUCUGUACAGUACUGCAUUUGCGAAUUAUUGAUAAAUUUAAUAGUCGAAAACAAAUCCUUUUAUCAACUACAUCAGCUACUUCAAUACCGUAUCUUGACGGAUUCAAAACCUUUGGCAUGUUUAGUACUUUCAUUGGAAAAAGCGUAUCCUCCCGCAUUUCAACUAGCAAUGGAUAUGCUGAAGAGAAUACCUUCAUGCAACGAAGAUGUAGUGGAAACUUUAUUGUCGAAGAAACAUAUAUUAGCUGCACUACAAUAUACCGAAAGUAUUGGUCGUGGUGAUAGUGUGUCUGCUCGUAAAUACUUGGAAUUGGCUCAGAACAGUGGCGAUAAAAAGCUGCUCUUUACUGGUUAA